AUGCGGUUCCUUCGUUUCGCCUGUCUCUCAGCUGGUUCUAUCGAUCAGUGCCACAGUAAUCACCCGUCAACGGUUCCGCGUUCGUUCUCCACCGUGGACACCUGCGGUCCGGAGUUUUGCAAAUAUCUCAGCAUCGUUGUUGCUGUCAUCGUCUUCAGCAGAGCCGACGAUCCUUGUCGAUGGUCAACAGUUGUUCCUCUUCUCGAUGUGGCGUCUUCGUCUCGUAUCGAGCCGGAUCUUCCUCAGUUGAGCAUCUCAAAUGAGCCGUAG